AGCCAGUACUGUGCAACCGGUGACCGCGAUUCACCAGUUUCGGUCGAAUACGCGGCGCGAGCGGUCGUGCCGCCCUCUAUCAGCCAUUCCGCUGAAACUCGCCACUUAUUUCCGAUCCAAAUGUGCUUUUGAAUGAGACUGUACCAAAAUUUAUGAGACAAAAUGUGCAACGCGCUGUGUUUCGCCCUAUUCGCGCUUUCUGUCAAUCUCGUGAAAUCAUGGGACAUCGCUGUCACAUCUGGAGACCAACUCGAGUUCUACACAGGCUCCAACAAAACCGGGUCUGAAAGCGGCCGGCUGCGGGACCUCACCGCCCUGGCCUACGAUGCCGUUCACAACAUGCUGCUCUUCGUCGACAAACAGAACGACAACGCCUCCAUCUUCAGCUAUAACCUGGCCACCAAGAAAUAUCAGCCCCUCGUCCGAAAGGGCCCGACCGAAAACAUCCAGGGCCUCGCUUUCGAUCCAGUGCAGAGCCUUCUUUUCUGGACCGAUUUCCAAAAGAGAAGCAUUUACUGGAUCGAUCUGAAACCGGGAUCCAAAAAUAGCGACUACGGAAACCUCCUAAUCAACCUAGGUGACCAACUCCCAAGGGCUAUAGCAGUAGACAGUUGUAGAGGCUACAUAUACUGGACCAACACUAACGUAGCAUCUGGAGCGUCCAUCGAGCGAGCUCGUUUUGAUGGAUCCGAGAGAAAAACUAUUAUAUCUACAAACAUUCAUUUGCCAACCAGCAUAUUUGUGGAUCAACAGACGCAGAAACUUUACUGGGCUGAUGACAAAGAAGGCAUCCACUAUUCGAUCGAGAGCUCCGAUUUGGAUGGUACUCCGGACAGCAGACGGACUUUACACAGCGGCACGGAACAUCAGCCGAAUGCGUUAACCGUCUCUAAUGACAGUCUGUAUUGGGUAGACUGGGGCUUUAGGAAAGUUUGGAAAUUGCCAAAGAAUGCUCGGCAGAACGCGGAACCGGAGGAUUUGAUUGAUUUCAAGACCACGCCCUUUGGAAUUGUCGCUAACUACUUAAUAUCGGAUCAGGCUGCUGGAGUUCCUGAAUGUAGCAAUUUACUUCGUCUGUCGCAGAAUACGUCGGCUAUCGAUAACUCGUUUGCCGUGCCGCUGGACAAGGGGUUGUUCUGCUUGCACGGCCGCAAGAUCGAGGGACAAGAUGCGUGUACGUGCUCUCCUGGUUACAUCGGUGAUCGAUGCGAGACCUCCGUAUGUCAGAACUUCUGUCUCCGAGGCGAAUGCACGUUCGACGCUAAUAAUGAGGAACCCACUUGCAGGUGUCAAAAAGGCUACACAGGAGCGCGUUGCGAGGUGGACAUGUGCGAAGGUUUCUGCCUGAAUAACGGCAUCUGUUCUGUAGAGAUCAACUCGCCAGUCUGCACGUGUAUUGGAGACCACACUGGCUACCGAUGCGAAAAGACCGUUGAUACUCCACAUGUGGUUACUGUUAAUGAGCCUUGCAAUUGCACCAAAGACAAGACAACAAAGCUAUCCGCGUUAGAAGUCAGCGAUGAAUUCGUGACUAUCCCCUGCAACGACGGCUGGGAUUCAGUACGAGACCCCAUCCUCAUGGUGCUGGGGAUCCUAUGCGGCCUCCUGUGUCUGGUCUGCGCGGUGCUGGUAACGAAGAUCCUGCACUUGAAGAAGCGGCCGAGAAUAAAGAAGCGCAUCAUAGUGAACAAGAACGUGACGCCGCUCACGGCGCGGCCCGACCAGUGCGAGAUCACUAUUGAAAAUUGCUGCAACAUGAAUAUUUGCGAAACUCCGUGCUUUGAGCCCAGAAGCACAAUACGGCCAACAUUACUCGACGCAAAACCCGGCAAAGAAGAGAAGAGGAACCUAAUCGCUAAUAUGGAGCAUCCGGACGACUUCUAAAUUUGAUGUGCUUACCAAUACCCUAGGAGGCGUCAGGUUAAACUUUCCAAAAAAGUCAUACUAAUACAGAGAAAAAGAUUAGUAUGGUAUGUCCUAUUUCUGAAAGUAAAGACACAGGAGUCGAGUUUUUGGUUGUGAAUUAUGGCAGCGUAUACCGUUCCUAAUAGAUUGUCCUGUGUUUUUAACUUUCAGGAAAAGUCACACUAUAUCUUAAGUAUCUGUAUGACUUAAUGUCAGUGUGGAUUUCAGCACAGUUCUAACAACACUUUAUUGAGUGCAAGUCGCUUUAGUAAUAAAACAGCCCCCAUUUGACGCAUGAAACUUCAACCAAAACGAAGAUGGAGUGCUACAGAGACUGUUUAUAUGCUGUAUCUCUCCAUCGGUACGCAUUGUACCACUUCCGGAGAUAGGGGUACCAUAUGCGACCUUAACCCGCCAACUUUUCAACUCUAUGUAAGUAGGUAUUUUCAUGCCAAAAGUGACGGUUAGGGCCAUCCCACACCUAGCGUUUCCCGAGCGUCGGCGUAUAGUCAACUCUAUGGCCGCUGCUCGACGCAACGUUGGCGCAACUGCGCAGCGACGCCAUUUUCCAUAGCGCUUACAAGACGCUGACGCUCAAAAGACGCUGGUGUGGGGUGACCCUUAAAAUCAAUAUGGCGUCUCCUAGGAUCAACUAUAUGGAUUAUGUUUUUGGCGGAGUCAAAAAUAUUGUGAUAAGGGAUGCGCUGUUGGAUUAUGUUAAUCUGUGGCCAUCGCAGGGCUGUGUUUUGUGAGAUGAUUAUAAUCGGAGUGAGUAACAGUUGCACAAGGCCCUAAAAGACAUUGUAAUGAUAUAUCUAUAUUUAUUUGCGAAUCUCCAAAGCAAGCGCUUUAAUUGGUGCUAGAAAAAGUCUCAGUGUCGCCACCUAGGUUAAAGAAUUACGGUUUAAAGUUUAGAUGAUUUCCAUCUCUGUCGCUUAUAUGAAUUAAGUUACAGAAUUGGAGAUACCGAAUCUAUUUCUAGUUUUUGUGACCAAGGCACUAUAUCUGCCUGACGUGUUAGAGAGACCCUACACUAGCGUCUUCCAAGCGUAUGCGUCUAAUCAACGCUAUGGCUGCAAGUUACUUGACGCAAUGUUGUUGCAACUGCACAACGCUCAAAGGACGCUAGUCUGGGGUUUCAUUUAGUGCGGCCAUGUAGCAUUCUAAAAAAUAUUAUUUUGAAACCAAUGAAAAUUCAUUAUAAAUAAUAUUCAUGAAAUAUUUUUCAGUCCCUUUUAAUAUGCAGAACACAGUCUCUUUAGGGCCCUGUGCGCGUACUGUGAGUGAAAAGUAGGUUAGGCCGAUUCGCAGCGUGGGUUCUACUGAAUUUUAUAUUCAGAUAUUUGGGCCAUGAAAAAAUUCUCAAGUAAAUACGGUUUUUACUUGAUGGAUCUUUUCAAGGUUCAGUUAUAAAGCUAGCAUGUUUAGGCAAAAAUAAUACUGAGCUAAACCAUAGUGCCUUUUAAAAAAUAAGAAGCAAGGAAUUACGCCUUACAUUAGGAUCUACGGUAAGUUUUUUUACAAGUUUUUUUUUAUUCUUGCCAAAACAUGCUGAGCAGUUUCAUGUGCGUGAUUUGUGAACGUUCCAUUUUCUUUGGUGCCAAAUAUCGAGUAACUUUAUUUUCCUAAUUUGGUUACCACCAACCGAGGGUUAGUAGUACAUAAAUAGAGCAUUUAUAAAUUAAUUGUAUGAUAACGAGCACAUACAAAGUAUGUCUAGUUUAAUUCUACGGAAAAAUAAUUAUUACUGUGUUCUUUUUCCUUCUCUAUGUGCAACACUGCCGGUGCAUUAUUUGCCUUUUUCCCAGACUUAAAAAACUUUUUUAUUUAAAUAAUUAGACAUAAAAAGAUUAUUCUAAUUUAGUAAAUUAUUAUACCCAAUCGUUAUUUGUGAGUGUUGCCUAUUGAUUAAUUUUGACAUUUCAUUUCAUUUUUUAUCUAUUUAUUAUGCUAAAAUCUUAACGGCCAUUAAAAGUUUAUUUUCUUCAGAUUAUUAUAAAUUGACAUGCACCAUAAAAAAAAUGUUUUUCCUUCAUUUUAUAUUUGACAAAUUAUCUGUUCGUUUUGACACCAUCCAAUUGGUGAAAAUUUUUAAAUUGUUUUUAUUGGCCAUGAACACUUAAAAAGAUCAGUCAGUAAUCAUCAUGUGUAUCUCCUAAGAUUUUUAUAUUAUUGAUUAUCGUACAUAAUACACCUAUGAAGGGUUUCGGUGUACUUUAAUUUGUACAUUAUACGUCAUUUGUAACUAUAAACUCAGCCUAAUGUAACACUUAGCCAACACAAAACCAUGUCUAAUUAGGAUUGUUCAUUUUAUUUUUAAAUUUCUAGACAAAUAGAAAUCUUGCGUUGUGAUUAGUUCGAUUUGACAUAGUUCAAUAAUGGCGUAGCGUUAUAUCAGGUUGACUGUACGUUAUUGACUAUUUGUAAUACCGAUGAUUGAGUUUAAAUGUGUAGCAAAAAAUAUUAUUCUAUUAUCAUUAGUUCGUAGGAAAUGUCGCAGGCAUGGUUCAUACUGUCCUAUUUUCUAGUACACUACAGAAAAGAACAUAACUCUUCUAUGGACUAUAGACUCUGAUAACCAUGGGAAAGUUUUUAAAAUUUCAAAAUUUAAAACAUUAAUAAAUUUCGGAACUUCACAGAUUUUCGUAGGGGAAAUAAAAUUUUCCAUAUCAAAAAUGAAACUUGUUACUUGUUAAUAGAGUAUAAAUUUAUCUUUGGAAACUUUCCGGAACUUGCUUACGUACUAUAUGGACUAAUGAUAUUUAUGUGUUAUGUGUAGUUUUCUACAGAACAUGCCUCUCUUAUCGAAAAUGUCUUAUUUACUGAUACAUAGUCAUAACUCGGCUUGAGAAUACAAAAAAAAUUGUACUUAUUUGCAGCUUUCUGUAAAUCUAACUACUUAAACGAACAAAGCCCAUGAUGUUAAAUAAAACGAGAAUAUCGUAUUCCUAUCUUAGGUGCUUAGAUCAACUUAUAGUACCUAUACAUAGGUAUCUGUCUCUGAAUACAUGUUAUAUAAUAAUAAGUAAUUGUCUUAAAAUUUCAAAAGACCUAUUAAAUACUAAUAUUCCGAUCGUGUAUUCAAGUGUAUUGCAAUGCACAUAAUAGUUUGUUGACUAUAAAACGCAUUGUCUUAAUAGUCAAUACAUUUGUGACGUAUUUAACCGCUAUAGUCUAGUUUCAAUGCCUUGUAUGAAAACUACAAAAUAUCAGAAUAUGUUAACUAUUCUGUAUAAAAUAAUGCGCCAAAAUAUUUACCUAACAUGUUUCUAAAAUUUUAACAUUCUCGAGUUUUAAAACUUAUAUAUAAACCAAAGUCUACACAGAAUAAGACUCAAAUUUAGUAUUUUUUGUAGUUUGAAAAUGUUCCUACAGUACAAGUAGAGAAUAUACAUCUCUACGAAGUGCCUAAGAUUUGUGCUUUGACGCUAAUCACUAACUUACAGUUUAUUUCUAUGGGCCUUAUAACUUACCUAAUUAUUACCUGUCUCCUUUUCGGUUUAUAAUUUAAGAAAUCAUGUUCCUAUAACUUAAAUUUAUUUAUCAAGUUACCUCCGUAUAAUAUUUAUUGAAACAAUUAAUUCUAAAACAGAAUUUAAACUAAUUUUAGAAUCUCAGUUGCUGCUACUUAUAAAAUGUACUUAUGUUUUGUUUUCAUUUUCGAAGAGGCACUUCAGAUGCAGUGACUAAGUUAGGAUGCUACACAGCCUAAAAUUUAUUGUUGGUACUUAGUGGCAAAUAAUAGGGUAUAGUUUUAGUAUUAGUUUAGUUCGUGGAUUGAUAAUAUCCACAUCAGAAAUGUGAUAUUAUUGAGUCUUUGUAUAAGCCUCCGUUAGAGUAAUGUUUUAUUAUAAAGAAAUAAAAGUGCUUUUAAAUA